AUGAUUUACUCACAUGUCGUUGCACCCCUGCUCGCUCUCCUAGUGGGCACAGUUUCGGCUAUACCUACCCCGCAAGACUACUCUCCAUCAUCUGGGUCCUGGGAUCUGCAAAAGUUCACGAGUCUGGUUGCCUUGGGCGAUAGCUACACGGACGAGGGUCGGUUAGCUUAUUUCAUAUCUACCGAGGGCCAAGCCCCGCCACUGGGGUGGAUUGUUCCUGAGAGCAACGAGACGUCUACCGGUGGCCGGAUCUGGCCUCGAUAUGUGGCAGACUACACAGGCGCAAACCUGUACGAUUAUGCCGUAUCCGGUGCCGUCUGUUCCAACAAGCAGGUCAAUCGCUAUCUCGACUCGAUCAAUGCCCCUUUUCCCGACGUUGAAGGAUACGAGAUCCCGACAUUCCUCGCCGAUAAGGCGUACUAUGCUAGCAACGGCACGUCGGUAUUCACCGUCCCUGACACCGAGACCGUCUACAGCAUGUGGAUCGGCACGAACGAUGUCGGGAGCAACGCUUUCUUGACCGAGUCUCAAGCUCCUGAUCUUACCAUUGUGGACUAUAUCGACUGCGUUUACAAGCAAUUCGACACGCUCUAUGAGAACGGCGCUCGAUACUUUGUGCUCAUGAACCUCGGAGCUCUUCAGCUGGCCCCUGUCUACGCGACGCCCGAGAACGGCGGUGUCGGCGAAGUACAGAACCAGACGGAAACGAGCUACCGCAUGAAGGAGCAAGUCAACCUCGCCAACGCCGUUUAUAAGUACCAGACGCCCUACGAGCAACUCAUCGCCGACCGCUACCCCGGCGCGCACAUCGCCAUCUUCGACAUGUACAGCCUGUUCACGGACAUCUACGAGAACCCGGCCGACUACCUCAAUGGUACAGCGCCGCUAAACGUGCAGAGUUACAUCGCAGAAAACGAGACGUUGUCACUUAGCGACCGCGAUAGUUACAUGUGGUACGACGCCCUGCACCCGAGCGAGCAGACCGACCGCGUCAUCGCGCGUGAGUUUGUCAAUGUUAUCGACGGCACGAGCAAGUGGGCGACGUACUGGUGA